CGCUUCGAAGCGAAGCAUACAAGAAAAUUAGGGCGCAGCUUCAGAUGGCCAGGAAGCCAAUUAACAAGUGUACACCAAAUAAACCAUCAUUUUUCAAGGUGCUGUUUGGUGACUUCUCUAAGCGUCUGCUUAUACCACCUGAUUUUACCAAGAACUUCAUUUGGAAUGGGAGAUCACCUCACGAAUGUGCUCUUAGAGGUCCUAGUGGACAAUGUUGGGCUGUGGAAUUGAAAAGAACAGAAAAUGGCUUGUUCUUCCAGAAUGGAUGGCAGUGUUUUGUGAAGGAUCACCAUUUAGAACUUGGGGAUUUUUUGAUCUUCAGACAUGAUGGUGAAUCGAAGUUUAAUGUCAUAAUCUAUGAUAGAAGUGCCUGUGAGAAAGAUGUAAAAGUAGCCAAGAGGAGAAUGAACUGUUCUGUUUGUUUGAGGAAUAACGGAAAUCAAGCUCGAGUAAAAGAUGAAGUUCUUGACCUUGUAACUGAAAACAACAAGAACAUAGACAGUAGAGGUGAAGCAGUCGUUGCUGAUGAAAAAGGCAAUGAUGUCAUGUCGGGAAAGAGACCUGCUAAUGGUUACUUGGAAGAAACAUCAGAUGGAUCCAUCUUGUUCAAAUCGGAGAAUCCAUGUUUUCAAAGAAUUUUGACGAAGCAUUCAAAAUAUCACAUUGGGUUUCCAAAAGAACUAGGUGUAGCUAAAGGUCUUAUGAAUAAGAAGACCAUGAAGCUUGAAGAUCCAACUGGGAGAUCAUGGCCUGUUAGUCUGCGUCUUUCUAAAUUUUACAAAAAAGAUGCCAGAUUAUAUGACCGUUUAGACUUGACAUCAGGUUGGUCACAAAUUUGUGAAGCGAACAAGAUUUCACCUGGGGAUACCAUUAUUUUUGAGCUUGUCAAGCAAAGAGUAAUGAAAAUUCAUAUUAUCGAAGUAGGGAGAAUGAGAGGCAAAGGAUGUGCUGUUAAACUAGUUGCUCCUAAUGUCAAAAGUUCAAUCUAGUUAGUUGACUAAACUGUGCUGUAAUUUUCAGAUAUCAAAGCCUU